AUGCCUCGUUCCAAGCGCGCGCGUGUCGUUCACGAGUCCAAGACCGUCAAGAAGGACCACAAGGAACAGACUCGCCGUCUGUACGCCAACAUUCGGGAAUGUGUGGAGGAAUAUGAUCGCCUGUUUGUUUUUUCGGUGGACAACAUGCGAAACACUUAUCUGAAGGAUGUGCGCGCCGAGUUUGGUGACAGCCGUCUCUUCUUCGGCAAGACCAAGGUGAUGGCCGUUGCUCUUGGUACGGCUCCCGAAAAUGAAGCCGCCGAUAAUCUGCACAAGCUUUGUUCCUACUUGACUGGCGCGGUCGGCCUGCUCUUCACUUCUCGCCCCGCCGAAUCCGUCAUUCAAUAUUUCGAAAACUUCCGCCCUUCAGACUUUGCCCGUGCUGGCACCGUGGCCACCCGCUCUUUCACUCUCCCCAACGGCCUCGUCACUGCCCGCGGUGGUGAGAUUCCGGCCGAUCAAGAUGAGCCCGUCAGCCACACUAUCGAGCCCGCUCUCCGGAAACUCGGCAUUCCCACUCGCUUGGUCAAGGGCAAGGUCAUGCUCGAGUUGACCGAGGGUCAGGAGGGUUACCCGAUCUGCCGUGAGGGUGAGACGCUCGACUCCCGCCAAACGACUAUUCUGAAGAUGUUUGGAAUCACAUCCUCCGAGUUCAAGGUCGAUCUGAAGGCCAUGUGGACACGGGAGACUGGAGAAAUCAAAAUUUUGGAGGAGAGCGGCAUGGAGACCGACGCUUAG